GCAGAGUUUAGCCUUUUGUUUUGUUUUGUUUUUUGGUCCCCUUCUUGUCCUCAGCUCUGCAUCCACAGGACUCCGGUCUUCAAGAGGGGGCUCCAUGAAGGGGAGGGUAACCCCUGUACUUCUAGAAGGCACAUCACUGCGAUCAGUAACGUUCCAAGAUGUGGCCAUCAACUUUUCCCAAGAAGAAUGGCGAUUCCUGAACCCUGCUCAGAGAAAAUUGUACACAGCGGUGAUGUUGGAGAAUUAUCAGAACCUGGUCUGGCUGAAGAGUGAGUCAGUGUGGGAGCGCAAGGAAUUUUCUCUCAGGAAAAGUAUAAAAGAGGAAACAUUUCAACAUGAAAUAGUGAUGAAACUAACAAGCAGCACAUGUAAAGAAUACGCAAAAACUUCCUGUACCAACACCUUUUUGUCCAUCAGAAGAUCCUUAAGAAGGAGGGCUGCUGGUGCCACGAAUGUGGGAAAUCCUUUUGCCGUCGAUCAGCUCUCAUUCAGCAUCAGAGAAUCCACACAGGAGAGCGACCCUUUAAAUGUAAUGAAUGUAGUAAAACUUUUCAAUCAGAGGGCACACCUUAACCAGCACGAGAGAGUUCACACAGGUGAGAGACCAUAUGAGUGUAAGGAAUGUUGGAAGACCUUCAGCCAGAUUGCCCAUCUCGCCCAGCAUCAGAGUCAGAGUACACAUACUAGAGAGAAGUCCCAUGAGUGCCGUGAAUGUGGAAAGCCCGUUAGCCAUUCCUCAGCUCUGAUUGAUCACCAGAGGAUUCACAGUGGGGAGAAACCCUACAAAUGUAAGGACUGCAGCAGGGCCUUUGCUCAAAGUGCACAGCUCAUUAGACAUCAGAAAAUUCAUUCCGGUGAAAAACCCUACACAUGUACUAAGUGUAAGAAGUCCUUCGUACGCCUCUCUUCCCUCAUUGAGCAUCAGAGAGUUCACACUGGAGAAAAACCAUAUCAUUGUGAGGACUGCACAAAGACCUUUUGCCAGUCAAAAGUGGUUUCAGUAACCACUCUUCACUUGUCACACACCACAGGACGCACAGUGGGGUGAAGCCGUUUGGA